UAUCAAUAUCUUUUUUUCUUGGUGUUUUUAAAUUAAUUGUGUUGCACUUAAGCAUAUAUAUGUUGGUUUAGUACACAGAGAGGACUUCCUUCUUGUGUAAAAGGUAUUUUGAGCUUUGCUGUAGGCUUAUGGUACUGCUGCUGCUGCAAGUGUUUGUUUGGGUUCAGAGCUGUUCUUUUUACUUGCAGGAUCCUCCCUUUCUGGGAAGUCAUCGAUGGACUAUAGAAAUGUAUCUGAGAAUGGCAAGGACAUCUCCAGCCCUAGUUCAGAGCCUGACUCGCUGCUGACUUCAUCAGCUGGCAGUAAUUCCUGCUCUUCCUCCUCAGCUGGGCAACGGGCUGGAGCAACACCUGGGAGACCAGCAGCUGCAAAUGCUGCUCGGGAGCGCAGCCGGGUGCAGACUCUACGGCACGCCUUCCUGGAGCUGCAGAAGACUCUGCCUUCUGUGCCACCUGACACCAAGCUCUCCAAGCUGGAUGUGCUGCUCUUGGCUACCACCUACAUUGCACACCUCACCCGUAGCCUACAGGAUGAGGAAGAAUUGCCUGGGGAGGGCUUGGGUACCCUGAGAGGAGAUGGCUACCUGCACCCUGUCAAGAAAUGGCCUAUGCGAUCCAGAUUAUACAUUGGAGCUACAGGACAGUUCUUGAAUCACUCAUUGCAAGGAGAAAAUACAAACCAAGGAGAAACAUCAACAAAUUCACAAAUUUAAUCUUUU